AGACACGAGCCAGGCUUCAGGAGAUCCUCGCCCUGGAACGCCGACAACUUUCUCCUGCUGCUCCUUUCUCACCCCAAAAUUCACAUCACCGCCCUCCAGCACCUCACCGGCGGCCGGGUCCUCGCAACCCCACCCCCGGCUCCCUCGAUCAUCAUCAAACAAACCCUCGCAGCAUCACCGCGCCGCCGAACGCAUCGCCAAAGCCCCCUUACGACCAACCACGCCACCUCGAAUCCUUCUCUCCUCGUCGUUGCCCUCCUCCUCCCCCUCCCUCCUCGACAAGUACCGCCAGCGCAGGUCUAUGCGGAUUCGGGAUUUGCAUCUUCUUUCGCUGGGGAUGGAGGUGCAGGUGCUGGAUUUGGUGUCGUCGGACUCCGAGAACGAGGUGUCCGCGCACUCGCCUGACCACAAGCGUCCCGCACGGCAGGCGGGUUCAGGCCCUGACCGCGUGGGUGGCUGCACAGAGACCGGAGGUCGCGGCACGGACAGCACCUCCGAGCAAGAGAGCGCGGCGAGGUCAGUACAUCAGUCCAUUGAUGCGGUGAAGAAAGGCAAGGAGAAGGUUGGCCAGGGGGAGAGCGCGUGGGCGGCGGGGCCUCCAAAGCUCGGUGGAGAAUCGCUGGGUGCUCGUGAUGGUGUAAUGGGAACUGGGAGUGAUCCUUGGAGCGCACUGGCGGGCAAGGUUGGAGGUGGCGGAAACGGUGGAGAUGGGUAUUGGGGUGAUUGGGGUGAUCAGCGGCACAACUCGGUUCCCGUGCCGCAGGAGGGAUCAGACAGGAAGGGGUUUCACGAGACAUAUGGACGGCAAGGGCUGUUCCACAAUGGCUCGGAUGAUCCCUCGAAGGGUAUUCUUGGUGCCAAACCUGCUGAUCCUGUCAACACACUAUCACACUCGUGGUAUGCUGGCACUAGAGGGGAUGAUGCUGAAAUGUUUUCUCAAGGCUCUCUAGCCACUCGUGAAGUUUCUGGAUGCCAUGAUUUUCCUAUGGAAGAUAGUAGCUACUCAUGGCUGUCAAGGAUCAAGGGGCUAAACUUCCCACUUCCUGAUGAGAAUCAGUUGAGAACUAGGCAAAUUGAAGAAGAUGAGAUGUUUGCCCGCAGGCUUCAGGAUCAGCUUAAUCAGGAACACCCAGGCUCUCAGCAUUCCGAAGCAGUUGAUAUGACUUUAGCCUGGACAUUACAAGAGCAACAUGCAGAGCAUGCCAGAAUUGCUGCAAGAGAAGGCCAGUCUAGCUCGAGCCAGAGGGACAGAUCAAUGGCACACUUGUAUUCAUAUGGCCGGCACUCACCUGCUCAAGGUUUUGCUUCUUGGACAUCUAAUCGUACUCCGAUUCUGAUGUCAAGCAGAAGAGAUUUGCCAAGAAGCUCCAACUGCCCUCAAAUGGAGCAACGCAACAUGAUUAUCUCUCAGUUGACCAGGGGAUGCUUCAGAGAAGACAUGGAUCUAGAAAUGAGAAUGGCCGUACUGGACUCACUUCAAGAAGCAUUGGAUAACUGUGGGGACCCAUUUUCUCCAGAUUCUGAUGAUGAUGAUUAUGAGGACCUCAUAGCACUUGAUGACAACAAUCAUCACAGAGGUGCUACUGAUGAUCAAAUAGACAGACUGCCAUUAUCAGUAGUUGAGGGAGAAAGUUCCGAUGAACCCUGCCCUAUAUGCUUGGAUUGCCCUGCUGCUGGUGAUUCCCUCCGGCAUUUGCCGUGCUUGCACAAGUUUCACAAGGAGUGCAUUGACAGAUGGCUUGGGAUGAGGAUCUCGUGCCCCGUUUGCAAGUCAAAUAUAGUCUGACAGUAGGCGUUUUGGAGUAGCUUGAAACACGGUUUAGGUUGAUUAACUGAGCAACAGGAAGCAUUGAUACCGCUGGUGCUGCAACGUGUAAAUUUCAUUGUUUUUGUGCUCCUCUGCUCCGUGGUUCUCUUUGAGUAGGGAGCAUCGCUCCCCCCACCCCCUCUCUUUAGAACUAAUAUUCGCUCUUGAUGUAUACCUUUCUUAAGGUGACAUGACAUGCACAAGCACCUAGCCCUGUGUGAAGGGCUGAAGGUGAGCCCGAAUAACCUGGGUCCAUAUGAACAAAGAUGAGAGGCACAUAUUACAGACUUGUGCUUCCAGAUUCCAAGUUCCAACUAUCAAACGAAUUACUUGGUUCUGGAGUUAAAAAUGCCUAGUUUUACUAACUUA